UCCUCGCCAACACCGCCCACUCACCAUGGCCGACUGGACUGACUGUCUGAACUUCGGCAUCUCCGUUGCUAAACAGGCCAGUAAGGUGGUGCUGACGGCGUUCCAACAGGAGAAGGAAGUGAAACUCAAAAGCUCUCCGGCUGAUCUGGUGACAGAAACGGACCAACGAGUUGAGAUGAUCAUCUCGUCUGCCAUCAGGAGCCAGUAUCCUCAGCACAGGUUCAUCGGGGAGGAGUCUGUGGCUGCAGGUGAGCGUGUAGAGCUGACUGAUUGCCCCACCUGGAUCAUCGACCCCAUUGAUGGGACCGUGAACUUUGUCCACAGGUUCCCGUUUGUUGCCAUCUCCAUCGCCUUCACUGUCAACAAGCAGACGGAGUUCGGGAUCGUGUACAGCUGUGUUGAUGACAAACUGUUCCAUGCUCAGAGAGGAAGAGGAGCGUUCCUGAACGGAGAGCCGCUGCACGUCUCUGGACAGGAAGAUAUCAGCCAGUGUGUGGUGGUGACAGAGAUCGGGGCAGAGCGUGAUGACCUCGCGUUGUCCACCGUGACAUCCAACAUCUUCAAACUGCUGAAGCUUCCUGUGCACGGAGUGCGUGCACUGGGCACAGCAGCGGUUGACAUGUGUCAGGUGGCGACAGGCGGUGCCGACGCCUACUAUCACAUCGGGAUGCACUGCUGGGACAUCGCCGCCUCCGCCAUCAUUGUCCGGGAAGCUGGAGGAGUCAUCAUAGAUACGGACGGCUCAGAGUUUGACAUGAUGUCCCGAACAGUCAUCGCUGCCAGUUCCGCUGCCGUAGCCAGUCGCAUCGCUCAGGUGAUCCGGCCGUUCCCCUGUAGCCGUGACGAUGAUGACCAACAUAGGUGUGUGUGUGUGGGGCGACAGGUGUGAACAGACUGUAAGUCAGCUGACAGGAAGUGUGCUGCUGGAGACAGUAACGUAUUCUGUGAUCAAUGAACCAAUAAAAAUCUGCGCGCAAACA